CAACCAUUGUCCUACCUAUAUAAAUAUGAAGCUGUAUUUGAGAAUCCAAAAAUCAUGAUGAAGUCUCCAUUAACACUCCUUGCUCUUGUAGUAUGUUUGGCAGAAAGUCAGACGAUCGCAGUGUCUGAAAUUGAUGAUACAAAUAUAACAGAUUUCACCGAUAAUGUAGAUCGUCAGCGUGGUAUGGAUUCGGUUGUCCUUAGACAGCUUUUGAACCAAGAAACUUUGAUCCGUAUGUCACUGGUGAAGAAUGUCCAUGCGAUGAUGAAGGACAUGGUCUCUUUUAAAGACAUGGCGUUAUCUUUACAAAACGAGAUGGCUGAUCUCAAGCAGACGAUCACUGAUGAAAUGACCAAGAGGGUAAAAGACGCCCGAGUUCUGAAGCGGGAAAUCCAGAAGUUGAAAGAAAUGGAUAGAAAGCUUGAGGAGAGACUUGUUGAUCAAAAUCAGACAGAUAGCAGCUUGCGCGAGGAGCUGGAAAAAACAAAGAGCGAUCAAAAGGGUUUUGAAAUUACUGUCCUGGCCAAUCAAGAACAAUUGGAUCGAAACGUGAGUGAAAGAUUGUCAGACAUCAAUGUACACGUACGAAUACUGUCAAUGAGCCUUAUAGAACUACAAAGGCAUGCACAGCAAAUUGAAAAGACGGUCCCAGAACUAAUUGAAGAAAAGUUCCAAGUGGUCUCCCAAAUGAUGUCCAAUGUUUCGACGUCUCUAUUAGAAGAUUCCAAUGGGACAUUAAGUGAAAUUAAAGCAGAUUUGUCGGAUACACAGCAGAUCCAAUUGAAACUGUCCUCCGCUGUUCUCUCUCUAGAAUGGUUCCGAAACAAUAUCUCUAGUGGAGGAAGUGACAGCAAGAAGGGAAUAGGCUUCACUGCCGGUACUGUAUCUGAUAAUCGUUACUGGAAUUCGGGAAAACUUGUGUUCUCCAGUGUCCUUUACAACGAGGGGAACGGAUACAACCCAUUGACAGGGGUGUUCACCUCCCCCACACAGGGUUUCUUCGUCUUCUACGUCACUAUCAACGCGUAUGGUUCAACCACCGUUUAUGUUGAUAUAGUGCAGAACAGCGUCUCCAAGGUCAGGGCACUUGCCUAUGGUAGCACUUCGCACCAGACGGGAACAAAUAUGGUAGUCCUGAAUCUGAGGGAUGGUGACAAAGUUUGGGUCCAAUUUCACUCUGGUCAAGGCUACCACACGAAUUCCAUCCCAAUUACCACCUUCACUGGAUUCAUGAUUUGAUGACAUGAAUGACCUUGAUGCAAUGUACAUGGAAAUAUAUCUGAUAAGUUAUUGCAUAUUUAGUGGUUUCCCUUUCUUUUUGUUAUGUUUUUGAUAUCUUUAACUCCCAUGAAGAAUGAUUUGUGUCAUCGCGGACCAGAAUAUCGUUUAUAAUUGCAUGGAAAUAGUCACGUGACUGUAGAUUGGUAAGCUAUAAAAGACAAUGUAGUGGGUAAGUGAUGGGAUUCUUUAAAAUGUCCUCAUGUCUUAGACAAAUACGGUCUUCUGUAUGCUAUGUUCAGACGGGUUCCUUUUAAGAAGAGAAACAGCUUUUGUAGUUAGACAAUAGGAAAAUAUACUUUAAAAAAAUUUUGUUUUAUUAAUUUGUGAAAUGUUGUAUUAAUAUUAAAGAUUUGUAGAAUU